AUGCCAGCGUCACCAAAAACACCACAACACUCUCGACACUCGUCUGUUGCUGACGGCCAUAGCGCUUCGCCAAAUGCUCGCAGAUACUCUAGGUCGUCCGUCAGCGAUGCCCCGACCCCAUUUCGCAACAGCCUUUCCCACCAGGAUACAAUAGACAUGAGCGUACUGGCAAGCGUAGGCGGCCAAGCAAGCAACAGCAUGGGAAACUUGGCAGAUGAGCUCGCCGAUGCAUUUUCGGACUUUGGAGACGAAGAAGACGCCGUCACAGGAGAAGUUUCAAGCGAUCAAGGAAGCGGCGACGCCUCGAAACUGGAUUAUUAUCGUGAUAGUGGAGUGGACGUGAAUGAUGCUGGUGGCAGCGAUGGAGAGAAGACAAAAGACGCAAAGCUCACUAUACCAUCUCCUCCUCGACGGGGACAUCAGAAGAAGGGAAAUCUAGACGCUGCUGGUUUCACCACGAAUCUCAUUGCUAGAAUCGACGCUGUGGAGUCACUGGUCCGUCGCGGCACAGAAAGUUACGGGAGACCGGGAGAUGAUGUAUUCAAGCGAGUAACGGAAAGCUUGCGUGAUCUGGGGUCACAGUCAAGUGUUGAAGGGAAUGCAUCACGACUUAUUACAGCGCACACAGCGCUUACUACACACCUUGCGCACCAGACUCGUCAACUUCAUAACCUGACUUUCCCGUUGCUGUCGCCUUUGGUGCCGACGCCUGACCUAGAUACCAUCGAUGACCUGGUACCGCUUCUAGUUUCUUUGCUAGAGGCCAUGCCAACACCGUCAACUGUCGCCUUCAACUCUCUAGCAGCACUUCAUUCUAUUACGGUCGAGUUGAUACAGACCUUGAGCUAUCUAUCUGAUACUCUACACAUGUCCCGGCAAACCAUUAUUACUGCAACACGCAGGUUGAAGAGCUCAAAAGAACUUGUUGCUGAGCUGAAAAGAGACGAGGAGCUGCGAGAAGAGGGAGAAAGGUGGCUCAGCAGAGGAAAUUGGGGGGAGAGAUUGCAGAAACGAGAGUGCGCGGGAGUUUGUGGCGACGUCAUUGGCGGCUUCGAGGCGGUGUGCGAUGGUUGGCGGGAGCGUCUCCUCGCUCAAGGAGAGUCUACAGCUUGA